CGAAAAUACUUUGACAGCUCGGAGAAAACAGUCGACUAAACAUCAUGACGAAAGGGCAGUAUCAGUCGUCGCUUUCAACAGCACCAAUUGUAACAUGUAUGAAGACACUUUUGAUGGUGUUUAACUUCAUCUUCUGGGUAACUGGCAUAGUCAUCCUGGCUAUUGGGAUAUGGACAAAGGUGGAUCUGUACAAGUACUUGGAACUGUCCUCAAUAUACCAGCCCGAGGCUCCCUACGUUCUGAUUGGGGUUGGAGCGGUCAUCGUCCUGGUCGGCUCCCUUGGGUGCUGCUGCACUGUUAAAGGAAACUCCCUCUUGUUGUAUAUGUACUGUGGGUUUCUGUUCAUCGUGUUCAUCGUUGAGCUCAGCGCAGGCAUUGCACUUCUUGUGUACAGAAACAAGCUGGAGAAAGGUUUCAAAGAAGGGCUGGGGAGUGCGAAGGAGAAGUAUGGCAAACAAGGAGAAGAUGAGAUCACCAACGCCUUCAACGACCUACAGAAGACUUUGCACUGCUGUGGAAUCGACAACUACGAAGACUGGUAUAAAACCCCUUGGGAGCUGAAACAGAACACCACAAAGACGGUGCCCCUGUCCUGCUGCAAGAACCCAGCCAGCUGCAAGAACACGGACCUCGGUGACAAGCCCACUGAUAUUUACAGCCAGGGCUGCCACCGGCUGGUAGUGGACUUCAUCAACGAUCACAUCGGACCAAUCGGUGGAGUGGCUCUUGGAAUAUCCUUCUUCCAGGUGCUGGGAGCUGUUCUGGCCUGCUGUCUGGCCAAGUCCAUCAACAAGGCUAAAUAUGAACAAGUUGCUUAGACACGUCCCUCAACACAGAGAAUCGAAUACAACCUGAAAUUAUUAAGGAGGGGACCUAUCUGAACUUUACGUGUCCUCAACAUUUUGACUGACAUUUUAUUUGAACUUCUGCCUGGAAACAAAAACGACAAAAUUUGUACACUUUAAUGUUGGCCAUUUUAUCACUAUUGUCAGUAAUCAAGAAUUUGUCAGCUGUUGACAGCAAUAUUUUGGACUGUCUUCUAUUAUUUUUUUCUGGCUUGCUGAAGUUCUUUUCUUUAUAUGAUUGAAACUGUAAUGUAGUAUGAACUAUAUGCAUAAUACUUUCAUGUGAUAAACACGUUUCUAAAGACACAGUUAAGAACUCAAGCAUUAGAAAUGCUCCUAUCUGUAUUUAGAAUCGCUCUGUUAACAGCAAAUAUGUUUUACUACCUUGAAAUAUGUCCAUGUUUUCUCUGUCAAAUUAAAGUAGUAUGCAUGGUAGUGUACUCUCGUGUACACUUUAGAAAAUGUUUUUGCUCAUUGUCAAGAUUGAAUUUAAAGUCUUAAUGUUAGAGUUAUGCCAUUUCAUAGGUCACAAAUCAAAGAUAUUCUCAAGGCAAGACCAUAAUCAAACUUAAGGUUGGUUACAAGACUAUUGUCUUUGAAGCUUAACUAGCGCUAAGGGGCAUAACUCUGUCUCGACCAAGGGAUUGGAUAGACACUGCAUGUACUUAAAACCCUAAGUUACAAUUUCAUUUCAUUUUGAGAAAAGCAAAGCUAUUUGAUUGGCAGAAUAUUUUGACCACAAUGUCAAGACGAGUGGGCAAAUUAAGUGAUACCACUGUUUCGAGCCUGAUUUGACGUUAUUACACUGGAGAAAGUGAACGUUAAGUUAUCAAGCUAUGAAUUGAGGAUGUUUCUUUUUAAAUAUUUGUAAAAUAAGGCUAGUUUAUUGUUUCAUCAUCAAACAAAGAUAUAAUCAAACAAACAUUCAAAAUAGCAUAUUUUCAAUCAAAAUGCAUCUACAUUUUGUUGGUACUGUUGCAAAAGUAGGCCUGGCUCACUUGUAAAGCAAAGGAAAUAGGCCUAUUAACAUUCUUGACAUUCCUGUGUAUCUCUAGUGGUUUAUAAUGAAUGUAGGCUCUUAAAUUGAUUGAUGUACUGUACAUGAAUAUAUACUCAACCAAAAAGGUUAGGGAUCAUGAAUAUUGUUUAUCCUUAACUUUUUUUGUUCAGUAUAUAAUGAUUACGUAACUAACCUACAAGGAACAUUUGUAUGAGACCAAGAACAUCCAAAUAUUCAAACUCUUUAAUGAAAUAUUUCUUGUCAAUUUUAGAAAGUGCUUUUUGUCUCCAAAGAUCUUAAAAGCCAGAUUUACUCUGUUUUGUAAUUCAGAAUUUGUGAAGUUUUUGAUUGAUAGCUGUUAUCCUAAUAUAAUCAAAUAUAUUAUUUACAUUUUUUACAGAGUGUUUAUUAUGAGAUGUGUUAUGAAUGUCGAACAUUCCAUAUUGAAGCCUGUGUUUUGGAGAUACCUUCAAUGGUGGCCUGUUGCAGCUGUGCAUCCGUCACUGAAUGUCUCAAUGCACAUCUCUGUAAUCUUUGGGCUGGGACUGCUGUUUGUCCCACCCCUCUCUACUGCUAACAUGAACCAAUCUGUCAGUCCUGUAGUUGAGCUGGCUUGCCCCGCCCCCAUUCUAGGCUCCACCCACUGUUGGCCCCACCCUUAUGUCUUGCCACCCCGAAUCUGUGUCAUGCUCAACCAUCCAGCUUGUUGCUCAUGUCCAACCACUUCCUCAAGUCACGCCUAUUUACUGGGGGCACGGGUGGCCCAGUUGUAUAAGGCGCCGCGAUUUGCUGUGCAGAGUUGCCUCCCUUGGGCAUGCCAGAAACCUAUGAUUGUGGGUCGAAUCCCGGUUCGCCCCGAUUAUGUUUCUAGGUAUGUCAGCACCAUACCCGUGCUCGUGGGUUUCACCGAAGUGGUAACGUAGACCUGCAUUACUUCGGGCUUUCCUCCCACAUUAAGCUGAAACGGCGUGAUAUAACUGGAAUAUUGUUAAAAGCGGCGUUAAACCCAACUCAUUCACUCACUCACUCACUCACUCACUCACACCUGUUAACUGUAUUUUUCUUGAGUAUAGUGCAUACCACCAUCUAAGGAAUAUAGUAUGUGUGAGAAAAGAGUGUUUCAAGUAUUAUACACAAUAUAAGACUAUGUUCCAUCCCUUAAACAAGUACUGGUAAACGAACAGGUGACAACAAACGUGGUCAGUAUAAAUUGUACAUCUGUAAUCCUGCCCACCCCCUCCCUCUGUUCAGCCUGCUUCUGGAGGUGUGUCCCAAACACUGGUCUGAUCUGAAGCAUGAAACAUAGGAACCAAAGAGUUGUUAGAUGAUGCCUGACUAACUCUUUGCUUAUCAAGACAAGGCUGUGCUGAAGUGUUAACCCUAUGUGAGCUAGUCACACUUAGCAGCAAGGGUUUACAAUUUCUACUUUAUUAUCUUCACACGUCCUCAGAUUCAUCACAAGCUAUGUCAGUGAUUACAUGUAAUUACAGAGCGAACAGUUUGUAAUGUCAGUCUCCAGGGUGUCAUAUUUGAUGCAUGUACCAAGUGUUUUGUCACCUGGGAUAGUGUCCUGAGUAUUGUAUCGGCCUGGAUGAUAUAGCAAGUGUUGUGUCGGCCUGGAUGAUAUAGCAAGUGUUGUGUUGGCCUGGAUAAUAUAGCAAGUGUUGUGUCGGCCUGGAUGAUAUAGCAAGUGUUGUGUUGGCCUGGAUAAUAUAGCAAGUAUUGUCGACCUGGAUGAUAAAGCAAGUAUUGUGUCGGCCUGGAUGAUAUAGCAAGUGUUGUGUUGGCCUGGAUAAUAUAGCAAGUAUUGUGUCGACCUGGAUGAUAAAGCAAGUAUUGUGUCGGCCUGGAUGAUAUAGCAAGUGUUUUGUCACCUGGGAUGGUGUGGUAUUGUAUCGGCCUGGAUGAUAUAGCAAGUAUUGUGUCGGCCUGGAUGAUAUAGCAAGUGUUUUGUCACCUGGGAUGGUGUGGUAUUGUAUCAGCCUGGAUGAUAUAGCAAGUAUUGUGUCGGCCUGGAUGAUAAAGCAAGUAUUGUGUCGGCCUGGAUGAUAUAGCAAGUGUUUUGUCACCUGGGAUGGUGUGGUAUUGUAUCAGCCUGGAUAAUAUAGCAAGUAUUGUGUCGACCUGGAUGAUAAAGCAAGUAUUGUGUCGGCCUGGAUGAUAUAGCAAGUGUUUUGUCACCUGGGAUGGUGUGGUAUUGUAUCGGCCUGGAUGAUAUAGCAAGUAUUGUGUCGGCCUGGAUGAUAUAGCAAGUGUUUUGUCACCUGGGAUGGUGUGGUAUUGUAUCAGCCUGGAUGAUAUAGCAAGUAUUGUGUCGGCCUGGAUGAUACAGCCAGUAUUGUGCCAGCCUGGAUGAUAUAGCAAGUAUUGUGUCGGCCUGGGUGAUAUAGCAAGUAUUGUGUCAGCCUGGGUGAUAUAGCAAGUAUUGUGUUACCUGGGAUGAUAUGGCAGAUAUUGUGUCAGCUGAGAAGAUAUUGUGAUGACUCUGAGGACAAUUGACUUCAUAUUGUUAAUUCUGUGUAAUUUCUUAAAGUUUUUCUGUGAAAAUAUGUUUCGAGUGUUAUUUAUUAGGUACCUUGAGUGUUUAUGUUUGUGUGUAUAUAUAUAUCAACAUUGUUUUGCAUACUACUUUUCCUAAAACUUAUUAUCACGUGUUAGGAGCAGAGAGUAAUGUAAGAACAGCAUGAAUGAACAGGUGUUAUGGAUCACAACAAGUUAAUUGUAGUAAUAUGAAGGAAGUGGUGGUCUUUAACCUUUUUUUAGUAGUAUAUUACUCCCAUCAGCAAGCAUUACGUAAUGAAAGGGAUUUGGUAACUGAUAAAAAAGAGCACAAUAAAAUAGGCUUGUAACUUCUGACUUGGAUAAGCACCACAGUGGGUGUCAUGCUGACAGUAUCAAGCUUGGCAAGGGGACUGCAAGUGAUGUUACUGUUUUGGGUAAUUUUGUAUGCAUAUACUUGUUAUUAAUAGCGUACUUACAUCUAUGGUAUCCGAUUUUAUGUGUUUCUGAUUUGAUGCUUAAUCCAUCAUAGAUUCAACUUAUUAGUAAAACAAUUGAAUGUCCAUUUUACUAAUAUCUUUAUUAUCAAUAUUUAUCCAUUUUAUUGUCGUUAGUUACAGUAUUUUUGAAACUUACAAUAUUCAUCACUUAAGUCCACGUGUAUAGACGUGAUGUUAUGGGUAUUCUGCCCUUUCUUGGGGUGUAACAAUACAGUGCGUAAACAAUAUGUAAACAUCUUUGUCUCUCUUCAUGAGUCAUGGGAAGCAAGUAUUUAAAAUGAAACAAUGUUAUUGGUGGAGUAGCCUAGUGGUUUGUUUAAGCAUUUGCUCAUCACAUCAAAGACCCAGGUUCGAUUCCCCACAAGGGUACCAUGUGUGAAGCUCAUUUCUGGUGACACUGUUGUGAUGGAGUGUUUCUAAAAGCGGCUUAAAACCAUACUCAUUCACUCUCUUUCCACUGAAUGAAGGGGAGACUAGAUAGCCUUGAUAGUUAAAUCAUUUGUUCUACGUCCCAAGGGCCUAGGUUUGAUUCCCCACAUGGGUGCAAUGUUUGACACCCAUUUCUGGUCUCUCCCGAUGAUGUUUUUGGAAUAUUGCUAAACGUGCCACUAGACCCAACUAAAUUACUCAUUCAACUGAGUGUCGCCAAUUUUGAUGGUUUCUUUCAUGUACUAUCAGACUUUCCAAGUUAAUCUAUGUUCAAAUUUAUCAUUUUCUUUUCAAAAGUGAAAGUAUUGACCUGUGGAAAUGAUAAUGUUGGCAACCUUCCAUUGCAAUCAAUGCAAUCAGUGCAUUCCCAUAGUGUUUGGAUGCUUAAAACAUCUGGCUGUCUUACUGGCUCUAUCAAGGGGCGGUCGGGUAGCCUAGUGGUUAAAGCCUUCGCUUGUCACGCCAAAGACCCGGGUUCGAUUCCCGACAUGGGUACAAUGUGUGAAGCCCAUUUCUGUUGGAAUAUUGCUAAAAGCGGCGUAAAACCAUACUCACUCACUCACUAACUAUCUGGAAUUAAUAGGUGAGAAUUGUGUUGGCAAACACUUUUAUUUUGACUUAUUCAUAAUGGUUACAAGAAAAAUAUAAAAAUCUGUCUUUUGUUUUGCUUAUCAAUUGAAUGUUUAAAAGAUCAGUGUUCAAUUUAGGAACACACUUCUGAGAAUGUUUUACCUUUUGGGUCGUCAAAUUCCUAUCUUAUCUUAUCUUACUUCAAUAUAUAUGGUUCAUUUAGAUCUGAGACUUUUUAUGUUGUCUGUAUGUUAUAAGAGAUGGGGUUCUUUCGAAAAAUAUUAUAAAAAAAUGCCAUUUCUGGGUACCGAUUUAAAGGAAAAGUUCAUGUGAGGAAUUUUAUGAAGUAUGUUGAAAAAUAUUCAAAUUAAGAUUUAUUAAAUGGAUUAAGAAAUAUUGAAACGUCCAUGUUUAUCAAUGGCAGUCAAGGUAAUAAUGGCUAAUAUUUCUACUGUUAAGACAAUUUAAAUUAUUUAUUCACAACAGCAUUAUCUCACUGUGUAGCUCUCGUUGUUGCCGGGGAGACAGUGGGGAGGCUUGAGGAAAAGAUACCCCCUUGUGAGUUUAUGAGCAAAUCAAGUAUUGUUGGGUGUAUGAAAACAUGACUGUAACAGUGACCAGGUCUAACAGCUAAAAAUAUGCAGUUUCUAAUUUAGAUUAAUUUAGAAUUGUCCCCUAAACUGUGCCGUGAUAGGCCACCGGACAUACCUGCAAGGAAGACUGAUUGUUGGAUAGGCUGCACUUAUGGGCUUUCAAACCACAAAAUGUUGUACUAGUUCGCCAUCAGUUUGUUAAAUGUUUACUUUGCUGUUGUGACAACCAGGGCAGACUGUGAUAAUAGAUUCACUAUUAGACGGCAAAGGGAAACAGUUCAUAGCCAGACACUGGCUUGGUUUUGUUAAAAACAUGUUAUUAAAAGAACACAAAGUAAAGUGGAUUGUGAGCAUCUAGGCCUGGGCGAUGUCGAUUCAACACUGUGUGGUGGUAAUGUGUUGAGAGUGUUCAUUAAGCCAAGGGGCGGUCAGGUAGCCUAGUGGUUAAAGCGUUCGCUCGUCACACCGAAGACCCGGGUUUGAUUCCCGGGUACAAUGUGUGAAGUCCAUUUCUGGUGUCCCCCGCCUUGAUAUUGCUUGAAUAUUUCUAAAUCGGCGUAAAACCAUACUCACUCAUGAAGCCACUCACUCAUGAAGCCAAACAACAGCCAUAUUUCUUACCCCAGAACAUCACAGAAUGCAGUUACUGUACUCUGCUGUAUGCUAACACAGACAUGUUUGUGGCAGAACAACCAUCAUAAUGAUCUUUCAAAUAAGACCAUGUGCUCACUUGAUUGUUUUCCAAAUUAUUGCCUCAAUAAAACUGUUUGUUUUUUGGUUUUGUUUGCCUUCUAUUAAGUGUAUAUCUGUUUAGGGGGGAAUCCUUUUCCCCUUAGUAUUAAUUUAAUUAACAAUCGGGCUCGACAGUUCUGUUUGUUUCCGACAUGUUUGGUUACUCGCUGAUAAGUGGAGAAGAAAGAAAAUAGCAUAUGUAUGGGUAGGAGAAAGUGCAAUAUUUCCAUGACGUAUUACUAUAUAUAUUUAUACAGUUUCACUAUGUUGUAGAGAUAUAUAGAUAUUCCUAGAUAUACCUAGACUGUAAGGACAGUGGUUAAUGCUGAUUCUCUCACGUAGCCAGCUGUGUUAAGGAUGAACGGAAACACUGUCACAGCAUACAUUGUUACUUUGUUCAGACUACGACAUGUCAUGACGCACCACGGUAGACUGAAGCGUGUGGGUCUAUUCUCAUAAUAUACCGGUAACAGAAAAAAUUGUUGAUUGGUUUUCUGACAUUUUUGUUUAUGUGAAAUGUUUAUUUAAAAACAUUAUUAAAAAAAAUUCAAAUCGAUUUGGAGACUAUCCAAUGUUGACAUGAAUAGAAUAAUUUAUGGAACGCUACAUGACAACCCAGUAUGAAGUGUUGGUGCCAGAUGUUAUCCUGUGCCUCGGGGAAUCGUUACAGCCUUAAUUAUGAUUUCUAGAAGUAUAUACUAGUACAUACACGUCUAGAAUGCAUGGUAUGCAUGCAUGAAUAUGUCAUGGUCUUUCUCAAGGAUCCCAACAGUGACUCCAGAAAUCGUUUGGAAAUUGUCAUUCGGAAUGCAUAAUAUGCAUGCAUGAAUAUAUCAUGGUCUCUCUCCAGGAUCUCAACAAUGACUCUAGAAAUUGUCAUUCGGAAUGCAUAAAAUGCAUGCAUGAAUAUCAUGUUUGUUUUUGUGGCUUGUGUUUUGAUUUUUGAUCCCUAGGAGUUAUGAGAUCUACUUGAUCUUUCAUUCUACUGUGAUUUCUGCUCAACUCUGGAGUGAUAAUCUGGAGAUGGCUGAUGGAGACCAGGUCUCACUCUCAAUGGUGCAAUUUCUGUGUUGUGAGUCUCCUGCACCUUAGGUCUUGCACAAUGGAAUGCUGUCUGUGGCUCCCAUCUCACCUGUUAAUAAAUGUGCUGUACUCCA